CGAAAUAUGUCGUCUUCGAUCGCAGUCGUGACAUUAUUCUUUGUUGCUUCUGUAGCAGCAAAGAGUUCUUUUCACCCGCUCUCUGACGAAUUCAUAUCUCACAUCAACUCGAAACAAAAUUCCUGGAAAGCUGGCCGAAACUUCCCAUUGGACACUCCUCUUGCUUACAUCAAAGGAUUACUGGGAGCACUCGAGAAUCCAUCGCCCACGCUCCCCAUUAUAACCCACGACGCUGAUUUAAUAGCCAGUCUACCGGAAAACUUCGAUGCUAGACAAAAAUGGCCGAAUUGCCCGAGUUUGCAUGACAUCAGAGAUCAAGGGUCAUGUGGAAGCUGCUGGGCAUUUGGAGCUGUCGAGGCCAUGACCGACAGAGUCUGCACAUAUUCGAACGGUACUAAACAGUUCCACUUCUCGGCUCAGGACCUGGUCAGUUGCUGCCCGGAUUGUGGAUAUGGCUGUCAGGGUGGAUAUUUAGAUAAAGCGUGGCAAUACUGGCAUAAAGUAGGCAUUGUAUCCGGAGGGCCGUAUCAUUCGAGUCAGGGCUGCAGGCCUUAUGAGAUCGCCCCAUGCGAGCACGCUGUAGACGGCCCCAGGCCGAAGUGUCAUAAAUCUGAAAAUACUCCGGCCUGCGUGAAUAAAUGUGAAGUCGGUUACAACAUAGAGUAUAAUCAAGACAAGCACCGUGCCAAGCAAGUUCAUAUGCUUCGAGGAGAAGAUGACAUAAAAGCGGAAUUAUAUAAAAACGGCCCUGUCGAAGCUGGUUUUACAGUAUACGAUGAUUUCAUUCAUUAUAAAAGCGGCGUGUAUUCACACACAUCUGGAGCCUGGCUUGGUGGUCACGGCAUUAAAAUCUUGGGAUGGGGCGUGGAGAACGGCCAGAAGUACUGGCUGUGUGCAAACUCCUGGAACAGUGACUGGGGAGACAAGGGCUACUUCAAGUUCCUGCGAGGUGAGAACCACUGCAAUAUCGAGGCCAAAGUUGGUGCUGGGGAACCGGACUUAGAUGGUUUAAAAAGCCGAAACAUGUCGUCUUCGAUCGCAGUCGUGACAUUAUGCCUUGUUGCUUCUGUAGCAGCAAAGAGUUCUUUUCACCCGCUCUCUGACGAAUUCAUAUCUCACAUCAACUCAAAACAAAAUUCCUGGAAAGCUGGCCGAAACUUCCCAUUGGACACUCCUCUUGCUUACAUCAAAGGAUUACUGGGAGCACUCGAGAAUCCAUCGCCCACGCUCCCCAUUAUAACCCACGACGCUGAUUUAAUAGCCAGUCUACCGGAAAAUUUCGAUGCUAGACAAAAAUGGCCGAAUUGCCCGAGUUUGCAUGACAUCAGAGAUCAAGGGUCAUGUGGAAGCUGCUGGGCAUUUGGAGCUGUCGAGGCCAUGACCGACAGAGUCUGCACAUAUUCGAACGGUACUAAACAGUUCCACUUCUCGGCUCAGGACCUGGUCAGUUGCUGCCCGGAUUGUGGAGAUGGCUGUCAGGGUGGAUAUUCAGAUAAGGCGUGGCAAUACUGGCAAGAAGUAGGCAUUGUAUCCGGAGGGCCGUAUCAUUCGAGUCAGGGCUGCAGGCCUUAUGAGAUCGCCCCCUGCGAGCACGCCGUAGACGGCCCCAGGCCGAAGUGUCAUGAAGCUGAAAAUACUCCGGCCUGCGUGAAUAAAUGUGAAGUCGGUUACAACAUAGAGUAUAAUCAAGACAAGCACCGUGCCAAGCAAGUGCAUAUGCUUCAAGGAGAAGAUGACAUAAAAGCGGAAUUAUAUAAAAACGGCCCUGUCGAAGCUGGUUUUACAGUAUACGAUGAUUUCAUUCAUUAUAAAAGCGGUGUAUAUUCACACGCAUCUGGAGUAAAGCGUGGUGGUCACGACAUUAAAAUCUUGGGAUGGGGCGUGGAGAACGGCCAGAAGUAUUGGCUGUGUGCAAACUCCUGGAACAGCGACUGGGGAGACGAGGGCUACUUCAAGAUCCUGCGAGGUGAGAACCACUGCGAUAUCGAGACCAGCGUUAGUGCUGGGGAACCGGACUUAGAUGGUUCUUAAAUACCUA